AGCGAACACAUACUUACGACAGCCAUCACUUACAGUCGACGAUCACCUCAUCUGCCCAGUACAUCAUAACUCAAGGAUCUGAUCGAUUGAGGUAAUGUCGACAAUGAGCAAAAGCAAUGAGGUGGAGAAAAAUGCUAAAGUUGGAUCGGCGUCCACUCAUGUUACUCUGAAAGUGAAGGGUCAGGACGAGAAGGAACUUAGAGUCUUUAGGAUGAGAAGGAACGCUGCGAUGCGUAAAGUGAUGAAUUGUUACAGCGAAGUGAGAGGCGUGGAGUAUAACACAUAUGUCUUCUUAUUGGAGGAUGGGUCAAGGAUUCGUGAGGAAAGUACACCUGAUGAGCUGGAGAUCAAGGAUGGAGAUCAAAUCGAUGCUAUGUUGCAUCAAGAUGGCGGUUUUGGUUAAUAUUUAUAACAUAUAAAUUAUUGAGUUUUUAUGGCGAAUGUAUCAUCAGUAAUACUCAGAUUUUUAUU